AUGCCCCCAAGAAUAUUUAUAGGAGAUAUACUAUACUGUGCCUCUCGUGUCCAUCCCGACUGGGAGUGGACCUGUCUCGUGCGCUCUGAAGAGAAAGGAGCCAAAGUCGCUGCCGAAUAUCCGCAAGUGAGACUCGUAUACGGCACGACCGACGACUCCGACUUGCUCGAAGAAGAGGCAUCCAAGGCCGACACUGUCUUUCACUCGGCCGCAAGCGAUGAUCAUGUCCCUUCGGCGCAGGCAAUCUUACAAGGGCUAGGCCGUCGUGCAGCGAAUGGCCCAGCCUAUUACAUCCACACAUCAGGAGGGUUUGCGCUGGCCGCCGCGACCCUGGCCACGGGCAAAUACGGCGAACGGUUCGAUAAAAUCUACGACGAUUGGGAUCAUGUCGACGAGCUGACGUCCUUGCCAGACCACGCGCCCCAUCGCAAAGUCGACAAGGUGGUUUUGGCGGCGGAUCCGAGCAAGGUCCGUACGGCAAUCGUCGCCCCAGCGGUGAUAUACGGAAAGGGCCGCGGGCCGGAUAAGAAGAAGUCGGCACCGGUGUCUGAGCCAUUCCUACGACCUCGCCGAGUAUUUGUCGUCGGAAAAGGCGAGAAUAUCUGGCAUAAUAUCCAUGUGCAGGAUUUGACCCAGCUCUACCUGCUGCUGGGAGAGGCCGCGGUCAACGGGGGCGGCAGUGCGACCUGGAACGCCCAAGGAUAUUACUUGGCCGAGAACGGGUCCUAUGUGAACCGAAAAAUGCUGAAGUUGGCCUCAAGUAUCCUGUAUAAGAAAGGACUUGUCUCGUCGCCCGAGCCGGAAGAAGUGACCGUGGAGCAGAGCGAGAGUAUCCUGCCCUGGCUGAAGAUCAUGGUGGGAGUAGACUCUCAGGGUAUUGCACGUCGGGGGAGAAAACUGCUAGGCUGGAGUCCGACCAUGCCGACUUUUGAGGAUGAGCUUGAAGCUGCUCUGGAAACUGACGCGCGGGCGAUGGGAUUGUCACAGUUGAGCAAUGCCAUGGGUGCGAUCGAAUUCUGUAACUCUCCCAAUAUCAAGCACACCUGCUCAAAGACGCAGGAUGAGACUAACAACCCAAGACCCGUCUGCACACAAUGCACCGAUCCGACACGAUGCAUCUACCCCGAAAGUGGAAAACGAGGCCUUCCCCAAGGCUACAUCACGCACCUUGAAACCCGCCUCGCCAGCACCGAGCAAGCCCUCUUCGCGGUCUAUGAGCAUCUUCGCUCUCUCGGUCUGCACGCGGAGAUCCCAGAGGGUCUGGGCGAGACGCCACCCAGUCGGUCGCAGACACGAGUCGCCAAGAUGGCCGAGUGGGAGCGUCUUCCGCUGACUGGGCGCGGGGAUCUGGAGCGGUGGUGGACGGAGCGGAGAGGAGGCAUGGUGGGUUAUUCGGAGGGGUUGGUUGGGGAUUCUCAGGGACAGGCUGCGUCGUUGGGGGUGGGCAGUAGUAGGGAGGAUGGAGGGAGUCGGGAGGAGGUAGCGGAGAGGAAGGGCCAGGCGGAGGAGUUGGCGAGGGGGGAGGCGGGGGUUUAUUUUUGAAUCUGUUGGAUUGGGUUGGGAUCAGGUGCGGUUUGCUGGUACUGGGUAUUUAGGUGUAAUAUUUUGUUGACUUUUCAUAAGGGUGAUUGGUGUAUCUAGCGGGAUGGAGAGACCGUACUAUGGGCAUGAGCUUGUAGUUUAGGUAAAGGAAGAUUUGUAAAUUCCAGGAUCAGAAGGAGUACUUAGUGAGGUAUAGGAUAUAAGUUCCGGUGUGAAAGGUAUAGAAG